AUGAAAAACCUCACCACAUUAACUGAAUUCAUCCUGUUGGGUUUGACAGAUGUUCCUGAAUUUCAGGUUGUACUUUUCCUCUUUCUCUUUUUCACCUACCUGUUUAGCAUUAUUGGCAACUUGACCAUCAUCAUCCUCACACUGUUGGAUUCCCAUCUCCAGACCCCUAUGUAUUUUUUCCUUCGGAAUUUUUCCAUCUUAGAAAUUUUCUUCACAUCUGUUUUUACUCCCAGACUGCUAUUCAGUAUCUCAACAGGAAACAAAACCAUCAGUUUUAUUGGCUGCUUUCUUCAGUACUUUUUUGCCAUAUUUCUGGGGGCCACUGAGUUUUACCUCCUUGCUGCUAUGUCCUAUGACCGGUAUGUUGCCAUCUGCAAGCCUCUACAUUACACAACCAUCAUGAGCAGCAAAGUCUGCAUCCUGUUAAUUCUCUGUACUUGGCUGGCUGGCUUAUUCAUUUCUGGUUUAGCAAUUUUCAUGGCAGGUCAGCUGAAUUUCUGUUCACUCAAUACCAUGGAUCAUUAUUACUGUGACACUGCUCCACUUUUGAAGCUUUCCUGUUCAGACACGGGAGUGACAGAGCUAGUGGAUACUCUCUUAGCUUCAUUAACACUUCUGGUCACACUAGGGCUAGUCCUUGUUUCCUAUACAAACAUCAUCCAAACAAUUCUUAGAUUUCCUUCUGCUCAACAAAGGAAAAAGGCCUUUUCUACUUGUUCCUCCCACAUGAUUGUCAUCUCUCUCUCUUAUGGCAGCUGCAUGUUUAUGUAUAUUAAUCUCUCAGCAAAAGAUGUCAGCUUCCAUAAGGGUGUAGGUAUCCUCCAAACCUCAGUUGCUCCCCUGCUAAAUCCCUUCAUUUAUACCCUAAGGAACAAACAAGUGAUUCAAGCCUUUAAGGACUUAGUCCAAAAGAUCACAAAUCAUUGA